AUGAAACCAACCGCACACCAGCACCAGCCCAGAAGCAGGGCCAGAGAUGAGGCCAUCACGCUCCUGAAAGCAGAGAAGAUGGAGCCGGCUUCCCUGGAGGCCCACUAUAGCUUUGCCACCCCAGACGAGGCUCUCCGCGCCCUGCAGAGAGACUCACUCCGGCUCCAGGCUUGUGAGGCCCUGCAGGCCCGACGACAGGACGUCUAUGAGAAACCCAUGGCAGAGUUGGAGCGGCUAGCGGGGGCUCACAGGAGGGCGUCCAGGCGCAUGCUUCAGCUGCUGCUGGAGGUGGAGAGCUCCCAUGGUGGCGCCCUCUGCAGGCUGGAGGAGCAGGAGAGGGAGCACAGGGCCUUCAUCCAGAGGAGCGACGACCUCACCAGCCUGCUGGAGCAGGACCGAGAGAGACUGAAGCAGCUGCUGGCCCAGGAGAAGGCCUACCGAGACAGGAGGGAGGACGAGAACCAGCAGGAGCUCUCAGCCCUGCAGGACGAGCUCGUCAAACUCAAGGCCUUCGCACUCCUGGUCGUUGACGAGCAACAGCUUCUGACCAAUCAGCUGACAGAUCAGAGCCAACACGUCCAACAGUUGACCGGCAUCACUGACCACGCCCAACGGGAGCUCGACUCCGCCCACUCCAGAGCGAGAGAGGAGGAGCUUAAAGCACAACAUCUGGAGGCGGAGCUAAACGACUUACGCCGGAACCAGGAAGCCAUGACCGCCAAAAUGGCCAACGAGGAUGCCCAGAAUCAGCAGCUUCGCCAGCGAUUGGCCAUGCUCGGCCGGCAGGUAGACGAGCUGGAGAGGACGAGGGGCGACCUCCGGAGGGCGGAGGAGGAACUGCGGGAGCUGAGAGACAGGGUGGCCGGCGGAAGGGGGGAAGAUGGGGGAGAGACGGCCUCCCCUGUCCUCCUCUCUGAGGUGGAGCAGCUGAGGAGGAGGGUGGUGGAGAUGGAGGGGAAGGACGGAGACGGGGUCCGUCUGGUGGACCAGUGUGGAGACCUCGACCGCAGGCUGGGCCACGCCUCCAUCCAGGCCCGGAGCCUGAAAGCAGAGGUGGAGAAGCUGAACGGGCGGAUCAGCGAGCUGGACAGGCUGGAGGAGGCCCUGGGGAGAAGCAGGCAAGAGGGCAGCUCUCUUAGGAGCAGCCUGGAGAAGGAGAAGGCUGCCACCAAGCAGCUUUCCGGGGAGCUGGAGGUUCUGCGAAUCAGGGUCCGGGAGCUGGAGGCCAUCGAGGGUCCGCUGGAGAGGUCAGAAGGGAGGCUGAGACAGGACCUGACCAAGCUUCGCACCCUGACCAUGGUCCUGGUGGAGGACAGGAAGGCCAUGGCAGAGAGACUCCAACAGGCAGAACACAAACUACAGCAGGGGAAGGAGUGGAGGUCACAGGAAGGGCACAACAAGGUGUCCCCGGCCGACGAGAAAGCGCUGAAGUCCAGAGGCGAGAUGGAGGAGAGAUACCGAAGCGUGGAGAGAGAGAGGGACGAGCUGGGAUCCAGGCUGAGGACAGAGGAAGAGAGGAGCAGAGAUCUCCAGAGCAAGGCCAACUCCAUGAGGAGGAGGAUCGAGGCCCUCGAGAGGAGAGAUGGAGGGAAAGAGAGACGCGAGGGGAAAGACGACGAGACGAACGACGACCGGAAGCGUGAGGACGACGACAACAAGGUGCGGGAGCUGAGCCAGGAGGUGGAGAGGCUGAGAAGGAGGCUGACGCAGAAGGAGGUGGUGGAGGAGGAGCUGAUGAAGGCGGAGGAGGAGUACGAGUCCCUGGAGAGGAGGUGCAACGAGGAGCAGGAGAGGAGCCGGGCUCUGAGGGAGAAGCUGGAGGAGGCCAGGACGGAGGUGUCCAGGUACCGGCUGGCCGAGAAGGGGAAGGAGGAGCCCAACCAGGAGCACCUCCUCCUCAUACGGCUCCAGGAGGAGCAGGUCAAAUCCAGGCUCCUCUCCAGGGAGGUGGAGACUCUUAGGGAGAAGGUCCAGCGACUGAUGGGGACGGAGGAGUCCAUCGGUCAGGUCCAGAUGGACCAUGCCACCCUGCAGAGGAGACUGGCCCAGCAGGAGGUCCGGAACAGGGAGCUGGCCAGGGAGAUGGAGGGUCUGACCAAGGAACUGGAGCGCUACCGGCACUUCAGCAAGAGCCUCCGACCCGGCAUGAACGGACGCCGCUUCGCAGACCUUCACCAGUCCACCAAGGAGGUUCAGACCGAGCCUGAGAAGCCCAAUCACCUCCCCCCUGACUACCAGAGCCUGGCUCCAACGGUGCUCAACGGAAAACUACUAGGAGAUGAUGGGAAGGACCUCAAUCACAACGAGAAGCAGGUGGUGAAGAAGAACUUGUCUCCUCUUGUCAACCUCAACAUGCAGAACAACAAUCUAAGACGGAGUAGUAUUCCGUUAGCCAACAGGAAGGUAUCUCCCCAGGGUAACAGUGAGGUGUUGAACAGCAACCUGGUCAAGAAAGGAGACUUGGUGGUCACACACAACCCGGGUCAGCCUCUACACAUCAAGGUAACCCCAGACCACAGCCUCAACACGGCUACUCUGGAAAUCAGUAGUCCUACGGCAGACAACGCCACAUCCUACACCAGCACCGCCCUCAUCCCCACCACUGGAGCCCCUCCCAAACAGAGGAUCACCAUCAUCCAGAACUCAUCCAUGUCACCCCCCAAGGUGGUACCCUGCAGCCCCUCUGCACCAGAGGAGGUGAGCAGCCCGGACAGAGCCUUCUCUCCCCCGCUCACUCUCACGUCCCUCUCUAGAGUCGCCACCCCAAACUCACUGAGGUCCCACACGCCCGACCCCUCCGGUUCUCCGGUCCAAAUCCUAACAGUCUGCACCGGGUCAUCAGACCCCACCGAGGUCGUAGGUCAAGCCAUGUUCCGGGUCACGCCAGAGAGGCAACCAAACGGGUGGCACCUCCAGAAAUCCACCAGCGCCGGGCCCAGCGUCAUCACCACUGACGACAACAAGAUCCACAUCCAUCUGGGAAGCCCCUACAUCCAGGCCCUGAAUGGUAUCGCCCAUGUAGCCACGCAGCCGGGCAGGCAGUACCAUUCGCCUGGACAGGAGCCAGGGGGGGCAAGGACUCAGGUGCUUCCUAAUGGUUGCCACGUGAAAAGCAGCGGCAAAAUCACCAGUAGCAUCACCAUAACCCCUGCUACCUCCCCGGCCUCACACCCCUCUCACAUAACAGUAAGUGGCCUUUAUGAGUAAAACCCCACAGAGACCCAGCUCCAUCAGCCCCCUGUCAUCCACCCCCAUCCCUCCUGCCCCCAUCCCCCCCUCCCAACCCUGACCUCCAUCCCAUCCAUCACAACCCACCUCCACCUCAAACUGAGUUCCUACUGAAACAGCUGUACCCAGUCUGGACCUCCUCAGAACCUGAUAUAUUCUGAAUGAACACAUCAAUAGUGGACCACACACACCUACUUACUUGACUGCUUAUCACCGGCUUGCGUUGUGUAUAGUUAGGCUAACUCUCACUGACACUUGUUGCAGAGUGACCCAAUCAAGCCAUAGUGGAUCUGACAAGCAUUACACAACUGACAAUAUGUGCACAUCUUUGAUCUUUGUUUUGAAAGACUAUUAAACGUUUCAGCUUC